AAACAAAUAUUUAGUAAAUUUUUGCCAUGACCUGAUUUUCGUCUAACAAUUCAGUAUUCACGUGAUUGAUAACAAUUUCAUCUUGUGAUAAUGACGCAUGCGCUUUAAAAUUGUGUGUCCAUACCGCAAUGGCGGAGUUAAGUCCUGGAUUCAAUGAUAUAAACUCUACGGAAAAUAUAUGAGUAAUUAAGAUAUUGAUAGAGUAUCAGGAUGACACAUCAACUUCAGUUAGAGAAGGAAAAAUACAGACAGUGGGUAAAGGCUGGUUUAGGACUUGGAUAUUUAAAGGAGGGACUGGUACCAUUCUGUAAUGACAUAGCUGACCAACAACAUAAGGAUAUCUUACAAAACAUUCGGUCUACAAAGUUACUACCAUCAACUGUGACAUGUGGGGGCUGUCAAGUUGAAACUCUCAAGCCAGACCAUAAGCCAGUACCUGGGAAUGCUGGAAACAAAGUCUGUCCUCUUGGGCAAGUAAAAUGCAGCUGUUGCUUUAAGGGCAAAAUUGCUUGUCCAAACAACAUAUGUGGCGCCAUCUAUGACUAUAUUGUGCAGCAUCAUGCAUCCUCACCACCUUCACCUAACUGGAAAAACAGCGAUGCUCAACAAUGGGUGACAGACCCUUGGAGCAUUUGUAAGUGUUUUAUAAAUGCUCCAGGGUACGAGCAGAAACAAUCUGCUGGUGAAACUGAUUGUACUGGGUUAUUACAUCUAAUGAUAAAUAACCAGUAUGUUCAUAACCACAUUGGAUGUGAUGUCACAGUAACAAACAAUCUUUUUACAAAGGUUCGUCAGUAUAGAAAUGCUAUAUUUCACUCAAGCAGCAUGGAAUUAGAAGAAAGUGUGGCAAAUACUCACUUAGAUGAUAUGAUAGCAGUUCUACAAGAUGGUAAAGAGCUGUUACAACGAUCAGAUGCCCAGAUAGCGGUGAAGAAACUUCAAGAUCUGAAGAACAAAGAUUUUAUUAUUACGACUGAAAGUUUUGAAGAGAUUCUGAGGCAAAUCAAAGAAGAAAUGGCAAAAGUUUUGAAAUCGACAGAAAGUGCUGCAACUAAAGAGGAACAUGAUGAUCUGAAGAACAAGCUAUUAGACCUUGAAACUAAGGUGUCCAAAGUAAAUGACGAAAAUCUGGAGAAUGCAGAAUUGAAAAAGAAACUUGGAGUCUUGGAGACUCUUGUUUCAGAACAGAAAGAGGAGAUGGCAAAAAUUAAGACAGUAACUUCCUCAGGUCAAAGUCAGGCAGAGUAUGAGCAAACCAAGUUAGAAUGGCAGAAAGAGAUGAUAGCAUCAUACUGUAAGACUUUGCUAAAAGUACCAGCAAUGCCUUUACUACCACGAGGUCAGAAAUGUAACUUCAGUGAGAUUUAUGUUAGGCCCACUAUAACAAGAGAAACAAAAGGAGAGAAAAGGGAGACAAAGGAGAUUGAGGUCAAGUCAAUGUCAGAUAUCUUCAUAAAGAAUGAUGUGCCUUUGAAACAUAUAUAUGUUCUUGGAGAUGCAGGGUCUGGUAAGAGUAGUUUCUGUAAAUAUUUGGUCAACUGUUGGUGUAUUGCACACAGUGGUGCACAAAAUGUAGAUGAUAAGUUUGAUCGCGUAAAGGAAAUGAAGAAAUUUGAUUUCAUGUUUUAUAUCUCCCUAAGACAUAAUCAAGACAUAGACAGUGUCCAGGAUAUGAUUAAAAAUCAGUAUGAUAUUGACAUUUCAAGCCCAGUUCUCAAAAAUGACUCUGCAAAGAUUAUUAUAUUGCUUGAUGGCUUAGAUGAAUGGUCUUCGGAAAGGAAAUCCUACAAUCAGUUCCAGACAAUGGGUCUCCCGAAACAGGAUGUUAAUAAAGACUAUGCAAUCAUAACUACAUCACGGCCAUGGAAAAUUCACACCUUAGGAAUAAGUGAGACAGAAAUUGAACAAUUACUGAAUCUGAAAGGGUUUGAUUUGAGAUGUGAAAGGGAAAUGGUAGAUAGAACAGUCUCUCAAUUAAAUUCCAGCAGGCAUGCUAGUAAAAUUGCCUGGCUUUGUGAACGAAAGCUAAGAGAAAAGUCUCUGGAAAGUUUAAAACAGGUACCAAUUAUGCUACAACAACUGAUAUGUCUAUGGUUUGAUGGUAAACUCGAUAAAACCUCAAGAUGUGCCAUCUACACGGGUAUGUUAGAACUUUUCUUUACCUGGAAUGACAUGAAAACUACAGGAACAAGUACUCGACUCAUGGAGGGUGCUCAGAAAGUAGAUCUUCCUAAAACCUUAGCUGAUAAAAACAUAUUAAAAUUAAACCGCCAUUUCAUUUAUGAAGUGUCACACUUGGCUUAUGAGACACUAUUUAAUUGUCCGAAGGAUAAAUCCUUGACAUUUGACAUUUGUAUGUUUGAUGAACUAGAUAUAUCAGAAGAAGUGAGAGAAAAUUGCUUGAAACUUGGAAUAAUGACAGAAGAUGAAUGUCCAAGUUUAUCUGUAUCAGAACCACCAAGCUCAUUGUUCUCUUUCAUUCACAAAUCAAUGCAAGAAUUUCUUGCUGCAGUGUAUAUUGGUAUCACAUUCAGUGCAAAAAUUGGUUUGUCAGAUAGUACAGGAAAUGGUGAAUUAACCAAGAAGUAUAUUAAUGAGGUUUUUCAGAAAUGUUCAACAGUAAAUGACAUAUUAGAACAGUCAAAUGUUAUCAUUAUGCUAUUUGGUCUAGAACCUAGAUCAGCAACACAUGUUUCAAAAUACAUAUAUGAUACUGUGUCAAAAGACUCUCGUGUUCAGGAAUACAGGAGAACAAUAAGUAGUGGCAUUGAUAGGGAUCAUAGUUUUAUUACUGAUAUUCAAAAGCUUAUGUUAGAGUCAAUGGAAGAAUUCAAUGCAUCAUGUAGUAUAGGAAGUAAUCCUGUAUUUUAUAUAAGAGAUUUAGUCCUUGAUAGUUUGAAUGAGUAUUGUGAUAUUGUUUGUUCAGGUAUUGAUCAGCAUCAAAUUGUUCCUGACACUGUUCUAUCUAUUAAGGUAUCUGUUCUGUCUAUUGAAGUAGAUUGCUUCAACAAACGAAAUAUUAAAUUUACAAAAUAUUUACCAAUGUUUCAUCAUCUUGAAAAAAUUGUAAUAAAAUAUGGAAAUGAACCACUUAGGUUAUUUAGUACACAAAGUGAUAGUACAAAGAGUAUUAAUAAGACAAACAAUUGUGUUUCUGAGACAAUUAAAGUAAAUACUUCAACAUUAAAAUCUCUGUCUCUUAAUGAUGUCUCUAACACUGACAAGUAUUACCCAGUGUAUAAAACAGUUGUUAGUAACCUACCUAGUAUGAUCAAUCUUGUAGCUAUAAGUAUGAAUAAUAUAACAAUGAGUCAUGAUGAUACUACUACAUUUUGUAAUUUUCUUGAGACAACCAAUCAUCUUCAACAAAUAAGUCUUUAUUAUGUUAAAUGUGAGUGUAAGAAGCAGCAUAAUGUAAAUUUAUCAAAACAUCAACAACUUCAGUACCUUUAUUUAUAUGAUACUGUUAGUGUGAUAGAUGUUGAUACUACAAAACUUGAAAUAUUUACAUUUUAUCUAUUGAAAGAUAGUAAUUAUGAGAAAAUAUUUGAUAUUAUUAAAAAAUCUAACAAAUUAAAAGAACUUGUGUUGUGUAGAGAAUAUACCAAUAAAUCUCAAUUAUAUCAUACCAACAUAACAAAGAGACCAGUCACAGUAUUACCAUUGUUGCUCAAUCUCAGUAAGCUUGAGUUAUGGAGUUGUAUGUUUACUGACAAUAUAAUACAGUUACCUUUAGAGAUGAAGAGUUUAAUUAACAUUAGGCUUGUUGGUGUCAUAAUGAGUUUAACAACAUGGCAGACGUUUGUUGAUAGUCUUCCUCAUAUUCCUCAUACUGUAGAUGUGAGUGUAGAGGGUUAUUAUAUAACAGGAGAUGGUGAGGAGGUUUAUGAUGAUUGGUUAGCAUUGACAUCACAAGGAGGAGGGAAGGGAAAUGAUGCUAGACAGUAUGUAAAGGAUAAGGAUCAGUUAUUUCUUGUUAAACGUGAUGAUGAUUCAUGGUUUUACUUUUCAACAAAAAAGUGAUAUAGUAUACAGGUAGUUACAUAGUGUUUGAACUAUUUUUUUUUCAAUAUUAACAAUAAAAAUAAUGGUUUGAAUCUUUAACACAGUGAAAUAGGAUACAUGACGUUAACAUAGUGAUUAAACUAAAUUAUUGCAUGUUAAAAGAGAUAAUUUUUUUGUUCAUUUUUGACAAAAAAGAAAUGAUCUGAAAAUUUAACAUAGUGAGAUAGAAUACAUGCAGUUAACAUAGUGCUUAAUUUAAAUUAUUUCAUGAUAAAAGACAUAAUUAUUAAAAUAAACAUUAUCAGCAAAAAAAAAAUACUAAAGUUACAUAUUGAUAUGUUAAAUAAUGAAUGUAAUACAAUAUGAUAGAUAACAAUCAUCAAAAACAGUUCAUUAAAUAUCAAUUUCUGAUCAUUGUAGUAAUAUUGAAAUUGAUGAAAGUAAUAUUCAAAUGUGUAUUUAAAUAAAUAAAUGAAAGAAAUGCAGUGAAAUAUAAAGAAAAUAUAGGUAACUGUUUUUUU